AUGUGGACACUGUUACCGCCACUGCUGGCGGUGUUCGCGCUCGCUGAUGGGGCCACAUUCGCGCCCGAUAAGGAUUUGCUUGAAUGUGCGAGCCAGAUCCUGUACCUGGACCAGCACGUCUACGAUAUUCCAAAGAGCUACAACAGAAACAUUCCACCCGAUAAAAACACAACAGUAUACGUAGGCGUAAAUAUCAAUCGAGUUUCUGGAGUAGAUGAGAAUAAGGAGGAGAUAACAUUAGACGUAUUUCUACAAGUCUCGUGGUCAGAUAGCCGUCUCCACGUGCCACCUAACAAGCCGUUUAUUGAUAUGCCCUGGGAGUUUCGACAGCUUCUCUGGACACCAGACCUUUACAUCUGGCAGCUUCAGACCAUGAGAAUACUGUCGGUGCUUCAAGAGAUGACGUCUCUGAGGCUUUACGCCAACCGCACCGUCUCAGUCAGUAUUGGUGCGACCAUAACAAUCAAGUGUGAAAUGGAUUUUGUUCUGUAUCCUUUGGAUGUACAGAGCUGUGACAUGGAUUUCAGUAGUUAUAAAUACACAACGCAAGACGUGCGCUUCGAGUGGAGUGACGUGGCGCCCUGGAUGGGCCGCGGUAACAACCAGCAACGCAACCAGUUCCGGCUUCCAAAAUAUGUAGUCACCUUCCUCAUGGAUAAAAGUAAUCAUAUUCGCAAUUUUGGUGAAGGUAGUCACUCGACGGCUCGGCUCCAAAUCAAACUUUCGCGCGAGCUUAGGAGCUACCUGUUAGAAAGCUACCUGCCAUCUUCGUUGUUUGUUAUUAUAUCGUGGGGCAGUUUCUGCGUUAUUCCUGAGAUUGUGCCUGGACGAAUGGUACUGCUGGUUACCACAUUGCUCUCACUUGUCACCAUGUUCGACACAGUCAGCACAAACUCGCCAGAUGCCCUUGAGUUGAAAUGCAUUGAAGUAUGGCUGAUCUCAUGCACGAUAUUCGUGUUCCUCGCACUAAUGGAGUACUUCGUGGUACUCUUUGGCAUUCGCUACGACAAAAGUUGGAGUAGGCGGCGCGCAGACUUACGUCGAGCUGCAUCUUCAGCCCAGUUAGCACCUCCGCCAUUACAUAUCAAUCACUCACAGAGGCUGAGUACACCGGUGACUGGUACACCACAGGGUGGUAUGUUCUCGCCGACGCUGAGCGUCGAAGACGACGGAUUAAAGCAACAAAUGGACCACCAAACUAUACAGAGGGAUUCUCCAAUAUUUGAGUCCAUGCCGUCAGCUAACGGAGGAGGCAAUUUGAUGACACGAGUCGGCACAGUGGUCGACCGAGGCGUUAUGUUUUGUGGCGCCCAACAUGGAACCCUCGAUAAAUUCGCACUCAUGGUUUUCCCUUUGUGUUUCUUGCUGUUUAACAUUGUCUACUGGACGACAUACCUCAGUGAAGCGUAUCGACGAGUUACCUGA